AUGACACUACGCUACAGAAAACAGAUGGGACAGACAACAUUAAAAACCUGUGGGGGAACUGGAGCUCAGCCAGCUCAAAAUGGAAAAGGAGGAAAGGGUAAGACAUUUCUGCAUUUUUUUUUUUGUUAGCGUUCAAUUCCACGCCACCGUGGCUUACGUCAUUGUAAUGUGGAAUUGAAGGCGGAAAAUAGUUUUAUUGUUAUCGAAUUGUUAGAUGCCAUUUGGCCUCAAAGUAACCAAUGACUGUCCAAUUUGAUCUGUAAUCGUGUAUUCGUGAUUAAGCAAAUCGGAUAUUUGUUAAUCACUUGUAUAUUUACAGGCGGAAUUGGACGAUACUCAGGCCUAUUGGUAGUGGUAGUGGUAGUGGUAGAGGUAGGGGUAUUGGUAGCGGUAAUAGCAGUAGUUUGUUCACUGUCGAGAAAUUAGAUAUUUCAUCAUCGCUAAGAUUUAAUUACUCCGCAUGUACGUUUUGAAAGUUUUGCAAAUGGCAAAUUAAGACAUGGUUAAAGACGCAACCAGUGCCUUAAGAAAAUUAUUACUUUGAACCUUAGGUGGCGAAGGCGGGCAGGGAGGACGUGGAGUAAAAUGCGACUUAGGAUCUUCGUAUAUGCGAGAGUGGGGAACGGAAUAUUUUUGCGAAGGAGAAUACACUGAAAGAGCCCGUAAAGGAGAUACCGGUAAUAAUGGAGCAGCAGGAUCGAGUAAGAUAAUUUUAAUUAGAUUCAACAUUGUCAUUUAAUUUCUGGCCAAACCAAGAAUCGUUGUUGUAAACUAAAAGAAAAUCUUCACCAAAUAGUUAAUUUUACAUAAUUGUAUACGAAAUAGGACAACAUGCUGUACAAUUUGGAAACAAUUGGAUGAAAAAAAAAAUUCCGACGACAGCCCAAAUUAAAUUUGGCUGUCAGAAAAAUUUUUUGAAUUCAAUUUUUUACAAAUUGGACAAGCAUGUAGUCCUCUCACCUAUUAAUCAUAUAGCUGGUUAGCUUAUCUAGAUUUGUUUAUAAUAAGCGUUUGACAGAAAUUAAGAAUAUUGUAGACUCAAAUCGUCCGUAGUUAAAACAAAAUCAGACAGCAAGAUUUAAAAAAAAAAAACAAGAUUUAUUCUAGUUUUCUGCCAACUUGCCAUUCACAAGGCACAAACAACGAAACAACAAUGCAACUACUUAAUUUAAACAAGGAAACUGUUGAAAAUAAACAUUUAAACAUCAUUUCAUACUAUUUCCUCCAUUUUCCAUCGCGAACUAAAAACUUUUAAAAACGUUUAUGUUCAGAACUGUCUGAAAAUCUUCAGAACACUAACGCCUGUGGAUCGAUCUUCCACGUGUGCUUGUUCUUCGUUAUUUUUCGAUGCCAGUAGACUUUGUCAGCAUCUGAACACAUAAAUGUUUGGUUGGAACACCGGCCAACAUAUCAGUGUUUUCUUAAUCUUGUCCAAUGUUUCAGUGGUUCUACAUUUUCCAGGACCUUUAGUAUUUGAUACGCCACGAAUGCGGGCUUGUUUCCAAUACAAACUUUGGUCACACUUUUCCUUGUAACAAACAGUAGCAUUUGGUGUCAUACUGACGGCAUUAAUAUAUUCACAGCAACAAAAAAGUCAAAAGCCUUCCCCGACGAACCGCCGUCAGCUAACAAGACUUUUCUAGCGCGUUGCCGGUCACAGUAACUUUGUGCUUACCGGCUAUUUUGGAUUGCCUUUCGUUUUCUGGCAUUUGAUUGGUUCAGACAAACUGUAGUAACUACAUACGUAUGUAUUUAAAUAGGUGUGUCGUUAAUUAUACUUUAUUCUAUUCGUUGAGUGUUGAAUUCCGACCGACGUUUCGUGCAGGCCGUAAGGUUGAAGAGUGCAUAGUUGAGCACACCAGAUCAGAAUGCCUCUCUAAGGCCUGUUUACAUUGAGAUGGGGGACCCCAGGUGGUGAGGUAACCCGCCUGUCCAUAUAAUCUCUCAUGAUAGGUGGGUGACCCGCCAUGGUAGCCCGGUCUGCCAGACCGGGUUAACCCUCUCAGCCGGGGUCAGAUUUUUCCAUGUAAACGUUUCAAGGUGGCGUAACCCGCCUAGCCGGGGUCGGAUUCGCGAUACUGAAUUCGCUCAAAAUUCACUUUGGCGGUGGCUUUGCAUCAUUAUUAAAGGUAACAAUCGAAAGCCACAGCGCUGAAGGUUGCAGCAAGAGCAGCGAGUGUAGGAGAGCAUUAAUCACCAAAAAACGUGGUUUGCCAGCAUUUUCUUGUUUACGUGCUUAGCGACCAUUCAGUAAUCUUGAGAAAGUGUACCCCGGGAUGGCGGGGUUGUAAGGUUGCAUGUAAAGGAGGGAUAUUUUUUUACCCCACCUAAGCAGUUUACCUCACCUAUCUGGGGUCCCCCACCUUCUUGUAAACAGGCCCUAAUUUGAAGAAUUAUAAUGUCUUUUUAAUUUAAGCUACCAGGGAAAAUAAAAAAAGUUGUAUAUAAUUAUAUCCAACUCUAGCCUAAAAUAUUUAAUUCAAUCAUAAAACAUUACUUUCACUAUUUUUUGUUUUCUUUAAAGAUUACUCUUGAACCAGGUGAUAGCAUUAUAUGUAGAUGUUUACCUUAGUAUUCAAGGCACCAUUGUCACACUCGCACUGUUCGAUUUUGGAAGAAAAUCGUAAUGACUUAAUGAAACCUACGUGCGUUUAUACUUACCUCUCGUCCCAUGUAACGGAAUCCAAGACAGUCUUGGACUCUGGAUUCAACACCGUGGAUUCCGGAUUCUAGGUACUGGAUUCCGGAUUCUUCGUCAGUGGAACUUGGAUUCCGGAUUCCAAUCUGGAUUCCUUAAGCUAUAUCGCGGAUUCCAAAGCCCGGGAUUCCGGAUUCCACAAGAUAAACUUCCCGGAUUCUGGAUUCCACAAGCAAAAAUUUCCCGGAUUCUGGAGUCCGCAAUCCCUUACAUGGGGCGAUACUUCUCUCUGAAUAGACCUCUUCCGAGUUCCAAAAACCCUCACUUUCAAAAUGAGGCUAGGUGCACAACCUUUCUUGUGAAAAUGAGUUUUAUUUGCAUGAGAAUGAAAAAUGAUUUCCGUAUCAAAGUCUGAGCACCUACCCUCGUUUUGAAACAGAGGCCCGGGGGAACUCGGAAAUGGCCUAUUAACUUUACGUAGAAGGCAACAACGAGGAAAUAUACCUGAUAUUGGCAAAGACUAACGGAUUCAAUUUUUACCGUAAAAUUCCGAAAAUCAUGGCCCGGGGUUUAUGUUUUUCAAAGGCCCUUUUUGAGUGGUUUAUUUUUGGAGGGGCUUAUCUACGGAGGGAAAUUUACGUUUCAAAUCGAUUGGGCUAGCCUUAUAGGCAGAAAGAAAUUUACCGUUUUUGUUUUGUUUUUCUUUGAAUUUGAGGGCAUUUCCAAGUACAAGCGGGCUUAUAUUUGGAGGGGCGAUUUAACGGAGGUUUUGUUUUUGCGUUACGUGUUUGGGGGGCUUAUAUUUGGAGGGGCUUAUAAAGUGUUUUCACUCACGUGGCCAGCAUCUAUGCUAAUACAUUGGAGCAAAAGAAAGUUUUUACAUAAGAAAAGAGUUCAACUCCCACAGGUUUUGUUUGGAACACCAACAUGGCCGCCGUUUUAAUGUUUUGGAACACCAACAUGGCCGCCGUUCUAUUGUUUUGGAAUACCAAUAUGGCCGCCGUGACGUCAUGUGAAAACGCUCUAUACAUAGGGGGGCUUAUUUUCGGAAUUUUACGGUAUUACUAGAAUCUAUGGGGGAUACUCUUUACCUGGUUUGACUGUGAUGGAAGCUUCGCUUUUAACCUUGCCUUAAUCUAUGUAUUAUACAAUAAUAUUUUUCAGCACCAACCGUUAAAGGAAACGAUGGCACUGUCAGCAAGGAACUUAUCCAAUACGGACUUCUGGACGUACCAAGCAAGAAAAAAUUUCCAGCGGAACUCUUGCUUAUCAUAAGAAGGCAAGCUGUCGACUUGUUGCUGGGUGACAGAGACAACCAAAAGGGUAGAGACGCCCUGCGGUUUAUUAAAGAUGUGGCGACUGGAAGAGAUGACGUGAAAGAUAUUAAAAAGGGUAAUUAUUUUGUGAGAGCAGCUUGGUUAGGUCAAUGUUCAGGUAGCAACUUUGUUUUUAUUGCUGUUGUUGAUUAGGGUCUGCGUAAAGUAAUAACAAUCAUGAUCAUAUUACACGGUGUAUAUUGCGGGCAUCAUUCCUCAAAAUUGCAUUCUUUGAACUCACAAGCUAACUUAAACAACUGUCGGAUCGAUUAACUUUUGAUCUUGGGGUGGACGACCUCGUAAGAACCAAACGGUCCGGUUUUGGAGAACCUUUUUUUACAAUAACGACAAAAUCUUGCAGAAAAAAAAAAGUAGAUCAAUUAAAUAAUUAAAAAGAAAAAUUAAAAGUUAAAUUUAGAUGAAAAUUAAAAUUAGAAUUAACUUUAUUCGAAACGUCGACUAAUAUUUCUUUUCUUGGUAAAUGCUUCAACAAGCAACUGAGGCCCAGUUCAGACGUCGUGCUUCUGCCGUGCCGAACUUAAUUGUAAUUUGGUUCGACUGUAGCACGGCAGAAAAACAAUUUUGAUUCAGACGUCGUGCCAGAGUCGAACCAAAUUCAGGAUUUACUGAUUUACCUCGUAACAAUUCUUCUCCCAAGUCCCCGUGGGAACGCAAUCUCGCCAAAAUACAUUAAUAUAAUUUAUGAAUUUUGUUUAGCGCGGCAGAAGCACGACGUUUGAAUUGCUGCCGUGCCAGAGCCGUGUAGCACGGCAGCGCUUGUCGAACUUAAUUGCUUGCCGAACUUAAUUCAAAAGUUUGAUUCAGACGCCGUGCUUCUGCCGUGCAUUUGUUGAACUUAAUUCCUGAAUUUAGUUCGGCACGGCAGAAGCACGACGUCUGAACUGGGCCUGACCCCGGCUAUUCGAUCUUUUUAUGGUAAUUAGCGAUUAUUGGGCGAGGCUGUAGAUCAUACGAAAACCGAAUCCAAUAAGUGUUUUAAAUUACUAUUCAUUCGAAAUAAUUCAUAGUUUAUACGAGACGAGCUGAAACAUGUUUACCUCGAUCGAUGUUAGUUCCUGUCUUCAUUUGGCUGUUUUCUCGGCAAAUUCAGGAUAUGGAGGGAUGUUUAGUCUAGCAUAAAUUCGUCAAUAAGCAAAUGCCAUCCACUGAGUUGUAUUUUUGCUGUUCUUGCUAUGUUUUUAGGCACUGUUCUUAGUACCGUAAAUAUAGCAAGCAUAUUUUCAUAAUUAACAAUUAUUCCACGGGUGCGCGUUGGAUAUGAAUUGGCUAUAAACAUCUCAUAUCCAACAAGCGCGAAUGGAAUAGUUGUUUUAUUAAAAACACCCACAAAAUAUCGCGAAUUGUUCCCGACUUUACUUGUAAAAACAACCGGUUUUCAGCUUGUUUAUAAUUUUGAGCAGAUAAGUACAGUUACCAUAUUUGGAGAGAAUGGUAUGAUGGCUCACAACCAUGAUGGCUCAGCCAAUCAGAGCUCUAGAGUUGCAAUAUCCAAUGAUUCAGUUUUUAAAAGCAAUAGAUAUCCCACAAUUUCUAGCGUUGUAUAUAUUACCACCAUUCCUCCUAUUGUGUGCAUUUUUUUAUCCUUUAGUAUCAGAUUGACCUUAUUUUUUGCUAGCUAGUUAUGAAGAAUUUGGACUAAUCAAAAAAGGAGAAGUAUUCUGAAUGAAAAAUAAUCAAAUUUAUAACCCACUUCCACACAAAAAUGGGAUAUACCACAAAAGGUCUGUUCAUUUCAUUACUUUGUGGUAGCUCUAUUGGAACUGCUGUUGGCUAAAGAUUUCUAAUUCUUGAAAAAAAUUUUUCUACUAUGGGUUCGGUUAAAUAAGUGAAGCUCCAAAAAAGCUUUGUGCCGUCGUCCAAGAAAUGGCAUAAAACCAAAAUAUUUUUGAUGCACAGACCUAAAACGCAUUUAAUUUCAGCACAAGACGUUUGAAGUAAUAUAUCAAACAUGAGACGCAGUGUUUCAUCACCAGAUGAAACACCGAGAAGAGAGUUGAAAAUACGACGCGCAGCGGAGUAUUUUUGACGAACUUCGAGGUGUUUCAUCUGGUGAUGGAACACUGUGUCGAAUGUUUGAUAUUUCUUCUCAAACAAAAUCAUUUUUGAAGGAGAAAUUAAGGAUGCAAAUACUGAGCAGUUUUUCAUCCGAUUUCCAAACACUCAUUAAACAUUAAUUUUCUUUGUAUUUUCUUUAUGAAUUAUUAAUGAGUUUGAGAAUGUCUCUUCAAGAAUAGGUAGAUGUUUUCAUACUUGACCAACACGACCAAUACAUUGAAUCAUUCAUUGUUAAUCCUAUUUCUUUUAGACGCAGAAAGGAAACUUGCCUUCUUAGAUGUAGAAGGUUUUGACAUUUUUGGAAAGAACUCGCUCUUUGCCCCCCUUAUCAGAUGGGAAACGUUCUACAAAGAUAUCGACAACAUAAAGAAAGCAGCCGGUGAUUAUGAAAAAGCAUUCAACGAUAUAAUUACUAGCGUGAAUAACAAAAAAGAUUUAAAGCAGGUAAAAAGUUACUUCUUUCUAGCAACCGUUUAAAAAUGGAUCAUAUGGACGAAUACUGUGUAUAGAGAUGAACAAUGAGUGCCAGCAAUAAUACUGAUCAAUUUCUUCAAGGUGAUCCUUUGAAUCGUCAUAUACAAGGAGUGGCUGAUCUUUUUUUCAAGUUCAUUAGAUCAAACUGAGGCCCACAGGGCCAAAGGAAAAAAAAUGUAUUUCCGAGGCUUAUCAUCCCUCGUAUCUUGCACAGCACAAUAUUUAGCACACCAUGAAAGUACUGUUCAGUCACGUUCACCUAUCGUCCACUCAUCUCCAGAAAUACAAGAAAGCUCGGAACCUCGAGAUUAGAUCAAUUAUUUCCAUGUGACUUCAUGCAGACAGAAUAGACCUUAUUCAUGAUACCCGCCAUCUUCGCAGGUGUUUAAGACAGGGGGCAAACAAAAAUAAAUUCUGCCGAUACAAGAAAUCGCGGUCGGGUUUCUUUAUUCUAGACAACAGAAAAUGAUGGACUUUUUAUUCCUAAAGACGAUAAUGGCAGAUAUAUGGGUGGACGUGAGCAUUGCUACUUUUUUUUGGAUCCAGUAGCAGCUGUAGAUGUUCUCACAGCAAGCAAAAAUGACGAAAAACUUGUCGAGACUCGAACUGUACAUUUUGCAUGACUAAAGUCGUCGUCUCGUUCUGAGAGAAUAAGCAAACUCGACCGCGAUUACUCGAAUUGGCUAAUUGUAUCAAUUGUUUCCCCUUUGAAAUAACACGUGACAUUGCUUUUAAUCAAUCAAUGCUAAAGUGCGUACCAAAAUGACAGGUAUCGUGAAUAAGGUCUUACUAUUGAUUGCGUUUAGGUGAGGAUUAGGGCUAGGGGACACUUCUUAAUGUCUAUCAUAACGAGCAUGAAUGUUAUUAACUUGAAAUCAUGGGCAAGCUCUGAAACCACAGCACCAUACGUAAAUUUAAAAAAAAACAUAAAAGGGAAGAGUAAUAAUAGUGAAAAAAACAACUUACGUCCCUCGCAGGGAACCCGUCUCACUCAUACUCUCUCCUACAACAAAGACUUUUGGCCGAUUAAAAAUAGCCUAACUGCUCGUUUUCUUUUGUUACUUUUUUCUUAUUAGAUGGCGUCUAAAUUUUCAGAUAUAACGACUAGACAAGUAAGAGCGCAGAGAAAUCGGCUUAUUGCGGCCAGAAACGUCGACGAAAGUGAAAAAAGGAUGUAUAUCAAGGUAUAUAUGUGCUUGGAGGACAGCGCACCUUUUAGUUCAUCUUAUUAUAUACAGUCAAUUAAUGAAUAGUGUGACUUUUGUCAAAUAUAAUACAAAAAUUGAUAUUCUUAGUACGAUGAAGGAAACAGUCAGAUCAAUCAGAGUCUGUGGAUCUUAUAGCUUCCUUUUAAGUUUAAGUGCAUUUUAGUACGCAGCGAUCAUUAAACAAAUUAGUACGUUUCAGGUAAGACACGAAGCUCGAAACAAUGUUUAAUCGUUUCACGUGCAAUAUUCGGGCUCGGUUUUUGGCACUUUGUGAGCUUUUUGGUAUCGUGAUUACUCGAGAGACCCUAACCCUUAAAACUGAAACCGGCUCACAUAAUUAUGGCCACGUGAAUGUAAACAUAACGUAAACAAUCCGCGACAGACAGCACGUGGCCAUGGUCAGCCAUUAAAGAAAAGCUGGCGUUCUCUUCUAAGAUAUUUUGUUUUUAUUUGAUAUAGUUUUUCCACGAGUAACUCUACAGUUGUAUUUGUUUCAUUUUCUUCUGUCUUUAACUACUAUUAUUGUCAUUCAAACAGUGGGAAAAGUGUUUCUUUUUCAAAUGAUGAGUUAAAUUUAGGGCUUUUGAGAAAGGACUUGCUUUUCCUUGCUUGAGUGUCAAAGUAGCCCUACAGAAACCUUUUAUGUUCGUUUGUUUGUUUUUGUUUUGCUUUGUUUUUUACGAUGGUGGGUGUUUGACACCAACAAAUUAAUUUUUCACUUAUUUCCGCCCCCUCCACUUUUUUUUACUUCGGCGGAGCGCGAAGUAAAGGAUUCGCGACGCUCAGGAAUGUAUCAAAGUUGCCAUUUUUUGACAAGAUUGGGCAAGCAAAGUCUGUAGGUUUUCGGUGCUAUUCGGCUAUUUGACGAAUUGAGAGCCGAAUUAGUUCGAGAAAUCUCGAGAUCACUUCUGUACGUUUUUGGAUUAGGCAUGAAUAAUUAAUUAGGGCUUGUUUACAUUUCAGCUUGAGUCAGCAGAUUUGCAUCAGUUACUGAAAUCAUAAAAUAUGUCGAAAGGCUACUACUAUUCGCCUGUUUAGUAUUUUCUAGAACCUUAUGUCAAACGGUGUACAAGUUCCAAGCGAGUUCUUUCGACGAACUAAGUUUUUUCCCACGAGCUGGACUGCUGUGUUUAGUCAAGUGUGACGAAGGUCGAUUUUCUGGUUCGGUGUUUACAAGUUCGCGGAAGCCGUAAGAUAUCUGAAGUUCAAGUGAGAGUUUGUUAUUAUUGGUAGAGGCUGUUUAGUUUUACUCAAAGUUCAAGUCAAGUUUGUGUUGGUGGAUGCUGUGUUUUAAAGCUCUGUAAAGGGUAUGUUCCUUUGGUGUUAAACUUCCUUGUGUUAAUCCGACAUUCCUGCGUUCUGAUAGUCAGUGAAUAGUUAUCCUCAAAACAUUCGAACUCGUGACUUUGAGUUUUAGCCAAUUCCACGCUCAACGUAAUUGACUCCUUACCAAUGCCUUACAUAUCUUUAAUCAGUACAUGAGACUGCUAUGCUGUUUUUGAAGCCUAAUGUGACUAAGAAAAAAAGAGAAUUGUUUUUUAGAAGGAUUUGUAUGGAGUCAUCAGAGCAUAACUGGGCUAAUAUCUCGGAGACAAUUUGUCCCGAAAUGCUAGUUUUUGGCAAGUAGGCCUCUUGGAUGUUGCUCUUUUCAGAAUAUCCUGACAAAUCCCAUAAUUUCACAAAUUAACACCUUACUCUUACCAUAUUUCAUUUCUUACUAUUCCUCCGCAUUUACAAUUAAUUAGUUCCACAACCACGACGCCGAAGUGUACGCUCCGUAGCGUCUUGUUCUUCUUACACUGAUCUUCACACGCCGUUCCUGUUUGCCGUUGGCUUAUCAUAUCUCUUCUUCCUACAGGCCAUAAAGUCAGAGGAGCAGAGAAUGAAAGGUAUACUAACAACAAUCAUGAACUUGUUGCCCGAAGCUUAUCAGAAAACGAAGAACAAGUUAGACGCAGAGCAGUUUUUGGCAGUUCUUCAGGGAAUCACUGGGUUCUCGGGAGCUGUAGCAGGCAAAGACCCCUUUGCAUUUAUUGACUCGGCUGUCGGUAUAAUGGAUUACGAAAUAAACAAACCAUGCCUCAAAUCACUGGGCACAAUUCGCAAAAAUCUCAAGAAAUGGCUCACAUUUGGAAACGAGUACAAGCCACUCAAGGAUUCUAGUGACUUAAACUUUGACAAAGUGAAGGUCUCCGCAAUCCCCGAAGUUAUGAAGGUAUAUAUUUUCUCAAAAUCAUUAAUUAUUCAUGCGGUAAAAAGCCAGUAAAUGACGACCAUUUGGUUCAGUUGGAUGAAUCUUCAUACCUAAUGAGACACCAGAUAAAACACAACCAGGUUUUCAUCUGAGAUGAAACAUGUUUUUUAUCUUAGAUCAGACAUUUGCAUUUUAAUGAGAUGUAACACAACUCAUGGAACAAUACAGUGCCAGAGAAAACAUGUCACUGUAUAAUUUCUUCUUGUUUCAUUUGAGAAAACAUGUCAAAAACUCGGACUUCUUGCUUCACUCCUCGAAACAGAUGAAAAUCUGUUUCUCAAUCUUUGGAACCCGUGAUGAAGCAUUCUCCCUCGUUUUUGACGUUUACAUAAAAAAUAAAUAUGUGUGAUAAUACGGUAUGAGAAUGUUAUAGAGUAGUCGGUCUUGGUUGUUAAUUAUCAAAGCAGUACGGACCACUGUACAACUGCCUCCGUGUUCCCCCCGUGUUCCCCGGGGGGAAGGCGGAGGAGAGGUAGUAGCUCAAAAAAGUUUUAAACGGGAAGACUCUGCCCCGAGGUCCAACCCCUUGCUCUUUUAUAUACCAUUUUUGACAGGAGAGGUAUCCCUUUUGUAAUGUAUGCCUUUAAUUACCAAAUGGUACCCCUUUCACAUACCUAGUUUGGAACUUUGCAUCAUUUUAAGCUGCUGCAUUUGUACUGUCUUUCAAAUAUAUAUAAAUCACAAAACCAGAACUUGUUUCUCGUCUUUUUCACUCCGAUAAAAUGCAUCUUUUAUCCCUUUUGGGAAGGAAAUGACGGAUUCACUUACCCUUUCAUAUACUUCAACUAGCUUCAACUGGUAAAAUUCCUACCUUUCAUAUACAUGGUGCCUGUCCCUAUAGGCCGUUAUAGGGACUAACCCUGGGUUGUCAAGAUGGCACCUAAAACAAUUGUAAUACGCAUGACUGUUGCGCUACUAGAACUAUAAAUAGGGACCUUAAACAAGGACGACGACGACGGCAGUGAAAACGUCGGUAAAAAAUGAAUUUGCGUUCUUCCAAACUUAUUCGCGUCUACUUGGACCCGCGCAAUAUGUCAAAUGCAGGCGACUUUUCCUGGAGUUGAAUUCUUAAGGAUUUUAUUCAGGUUCAAAAAGAGGAAGGAAAAUUCGUCGUCGUAUGUCCACGUCCUCCAUAAAACCUCAAAUUAGAAGGUUUCACGUCGCAGUCGUGCAGUGGACGUCAACGAAAUGUACUAAAAAGCGUGAUGCACGUGCAGAGCAGUUGUUUUGAUCAUUAAUUAAACCCAUUGUCUUUUUGAAGUCGUCGUUGUGGUCGUCGUCGUAGUUGCUUAAGCUCCCUAAUGGUUUGGCCCUACCAAUUCUAUCUUCAUAUCAAUGAACUACUGCAAAACAGAUAGCAUUUCCUUGUAGUGGCGUAGCCGCAGUGAUAGGCAACUUUAGCUGAUUUUUCCGGAUGGUAACGAAGAAGAGCAGAUGGUAGGUAUUACUGCCACUUGGUCUGUGGCGACACAACAUUUUGCAGCCAAGGUCAAUUGGGUGUAUUAUUUCUUAACUUUUUUUUCUUCUGUUUUUUGUUUUGUUGUUGUUGUUGUUGUUUUUUUACCUGGCAUAAAUGUUCUUGUUUUUGUUGUUUUUAAUUCAGGCCAACUUAGACAUAAGCAAGGAAAAGCUUGCUGCUGACUUAGUUUGUUUAUUGGAAGAGGCUGCUAGACCUCGGGACGUUGCCCCGCUGAAAGCGGAAAUAGAGUCAUACUUCAUUGUUGGAGGGGCGCGCAUUGACAUGAUAGGGAAAGUUGUAGAAAUUGACAAUAACAUUGGAACUAACAACUUUGAUAUUCCACUUCUUGAAAAGACUGAAAAGGGAAUUAUUGCGGCUGGCAAGUCAAAA